CUCAAGUUCUAUUCCCAGACUCCUGCUCACUGACCAGAGGACACCUCCACAGAAAUGAGUGAGCAGGAAGUGACCUACACAGAACUGAAAUUUCACACAUCUGCUCAACAGCAAAGGAGACAAACAGUGGAGAAGACCAAAAGCAAAGACACUCCAUCUCCUCGGUGGCAGCUCAUUGCACUGACUCUUGGGAUCUUCUGCCUGGUGCUGCUGGUAACGCUCGGGAUCCUGGGUGCUGAGGCAAACAGAUGGCAGGAAAAGUUCACCCAGCAGCAGGAAAUUCUGGAAAAUCUCACUCACCAGCAGGAAAUUCUGGAAAACCUCACCCAGAAGCUACAAGAAAUUCAGGAGAAAACCUCUCAGGAAAAGGAAGAUCUCCAGGCCAAGAAUGCAGAGCUUUCUAAGUCUUUGCAGUCCUUACAGACAAAAGGAAACAAAUGCAGAAUCUGUUCAAAGGACGAAUGGAUGCAAAAUGGAGAGGACUGUUACUACUUCUCUACUAAAAUAAAAACUUGGUUUGAAUGUAAAGAGUAUUGCUCUUCCCUGGGCUCCAGACUGCUGAAGAUAGACAGCAAGGAGGAGCUGGUCUCCCUAAAAAAACUGAAUUAUUCCUCUUACUGGAUUGGAUUAUCCCGUAAUGGAGCAGAUGGGCCCUGGCUAUGGGAGGACAGCACAGCUCUCUCCAUUGAUGUCUCUUUAGUACAGAAAAAUUACCGUGAAGAAUGUGCAGCUUUCUCUCUUUCUGAAAUACGCUCCAGUGUUUGUACAACCACCCGUAGGUGUGCCUGUGAGAAGCAGGUAGUUGAGUUGAAGUCCCUUGCACUGUUACGAGGAAAAACAUAGAAACUCUGAGAUUCAUAUCUGGAAACAUCCCAGACGGAAAGAGAAACUCGGAAAGAAUUGCUGCUUCUUGGCUUUGCUGAGCUGUCUGUUGCUAUUUUUAUACAGUACUGCAGUUAUCAAAUUCUUUGCUGUAUAACUAUAUAUAAUGUCAAAUGUUUGUAACAGUCUUUUCCUCACUUAUAAUUGCAAAAAUGGAGGUACUGAAUUUUCUACCCUUUUUCACAUGUCUGCUGUCAACCACAUUUGGGCAAUUUUUGUCAUUGAGUACAUGUGUGUUUGGAUGUAUGGAGGUUCGCUGGAAGGGACAUGGAAAGGGGUAGGAGCUUCACAUCUCUGCCAGCCAAUUAGAUAAUUUGUUGACUCCUAUUACUUUCUGUCUUCCCGUUAGUCAAUGUCAGAUAUUAUUGCGUUGUAGUUCUGAGACCCAACUGUGUGUUGCUAAUUUGAGAAAGGCUGCACAAGGUGACUGUGAGCUCAGUGUUGACCAGUUUAUUUUUUCCUGUAAAAUUUUCUAAGCUCUGUAUGGGCAGAGAUUGUGUUUUGAAAAUACAAGCUAUGCAGACCACCUGAGUCUAGCGUAAGAUCACUGGUUGAUGUCUGCAUCUACUCUGGAAAAGGGAGAUUAGGUAUAAAUAGGGAAUCUUUGUUAAAAGUAUGUGUUUCAAGUUCUGACCAUUCUAGCUGGUGGCAGCCCUUCUCAAAUUAGCAACUUGAGUAUGAGAAAUUCCUGUGUGAUUUCA